AUGGAGCCCCGCUGGCUCUGGCUGUAUCUGCUGGCGCUGGCGGCGUGGAGUCCCCGCCGGGCGGGCGCUUACUUCCCGGAGGAGCGCUGGGUGCCCGAAACCCCGCUGCGGCCUCCCCGCGUCCUGAUAGCGCUGCUGGCCCGCAACGCGGCUCACUCCUUGCCGGCGACGCUCGGCUGCAUCGAGAGGCUGCGGCACCCGAAGGACCGCAUCGCGCUCUGGGUGGCAACCGAUCACAAUGUGGACAACACGACAGCUGUGCUCCGGGAAUGGCUGACGAACGUGCAGAGCAUGUAUCACUCAGUGGAGUGGCGGCCCAAGGAUCAGCCCAGGUUCUAUCCAGAUGAGGAAGGUCCAAAGCACUGGUCCAAUUCCCGUUAUGAACAUAUCAUGAAGCUUCGCCAGGCGGCUUUACAGUCUGCUCGGGACAUCUGGGCUGAUUACAUCCUGUUUGUGGACACAGAUAAUCUCCUGACGAACCCCGACACCUUGGGCCUUUUGAUAGCUGAGAACAAGACUGUGGUGGCACCCAUGCUGGACUCGCGAGCAGCCUAUUCAAACUUUUGGUGUGGGAUGACCUCACAGGGCUAUUAUAAGCGCACCCCUGCUUACAUCCCCAUCAGGAAACGGGACCGUGAGGGCUGCUUUGCAGUUCCCAUGGUGCACUCCACCUUUCUCAUCAACCUGCAGAAAGAGGCCAGCCAGAGCCUCAUCUUCUACCCACCCCACCCAGAUUACACUUGGGCAUUUGAUGACAUCAUUGUCUUUGCCUUUGCCUGCAGGCAGGCAGAAAUUCAGAUGUACGUGUGCAACAAAGAGGUGUACGGCUUCCUACCUGUGCCUCUGCGAUCCCACAGCACCCUGCGCGACGAAGUGGAGAGUUUCAUGCACGUGCAGCUGGAGGUCAUGGUUAAGAGCCCUCCGGUGGAACCUUCCCAAUAUCUCUCUGUGCCUCCCAAAGUCCCAGACAAGAUGGGAUUCGAUGAGGUCUUCAUGAUCAACCUGAAGCGUCGAGUGGAUCGCAGAGAGCGGAUGUUGCAGGCCCUGUAUGAGCAAGAGAUUGACUGCAAAAUCUUUGAGGCCGUGGACGGGAAAGCAAUGAAUAGCAGCCAAGUGGACGCCAUGGGCAUCAAGAUGUUGCCAGGUUACAAAGACCCGUACCAUGGGCGUCCACUCACCAAGGGUGAAUUGGGUUGCUUCCUCAGCCACUAUAAGGUUUGGCAAGAGGUUGUUGAGAGGGGCCUGGAGAAGUCGGUGGUGUUUGAGGAUGACCUGCGCUUUGAGAUCUUUUUUAAACGUCGCAUGAUGAACCUCAUGUAUGAUUUGGAAGAGGAAGGCCUAGACUGGGAUUUGAUCUACAUAGGCCGGAAGCGCAUGCAGGUGGAGCAUCCGGAGAAAGCUGUGCCCCACGUCCGCAACCUGGUGGAAGCCGACUAUUCCUACUGGACGCUGGCCUACGUCAUCUCCCUCCAGGGUGCCAAGAAGCUCCUGGAUGCCAAGCCUCUCUCCAAGAUGUUGCCAGUGGAUGAGUUUCUGCCGGUCAUGUUCGACAAACACCCUGUUUCCGAGUAUAUGGAGCACUUUGAUGACCGGAAUUUGCUGGCCUUCUCAGUGGAGCCUCUGCUGGUCUACCCGACGCACUACACAGGCGACAACGGCUACAUCAGCGACACGGAGACCUCCGUGGUGUGGAACGAUGAGAACGUCAAGACUGACUGGGACCGGGCCAAGUCCCAGAAGAUGAAGGAGCAACAGGAGCUGAGUAACGAGGCCAAGAACUCUGACGUGCUCCAGUCCCCUCUCGACAGCACAGCCCGCGAUGAGCUAUGACCCAGCUGGGGCGCGAGGGGAGGGGACUGAGGGAGAGGCGGGGCGGGUGGACCGGGAGGGCUUUGGCGAUGUGUAACGGUUCCCCCACCGCUCCGUCUGGAAAUUGGGGCACCCGAUAGGGGAAGUUGUUGGGUUUGCUUCGUCCUGCCAGCCUCCGUUACUCCAUUCUCUUCUCCUGUUUUGCCAUACGCAUUUGUGUAAGAGAAGUUUUAUUCUCUGAAUAUUUGGUACUCUACAGGGAAACUCUGUAUCUGCUGAGAGGGGGUGGGGUGGGGUUUAGUCCUAGAGAAAGGGGCUAAGGUGCAGCCCACACUAGCAGGCUCACAUACCACAGUGUGUCAGACUGAACCAACUCUCUUGGUGUACGGUUGAGGCCUUUUUGGUUAUUUUUAUAUACAUUUUUACCAAUGACAGCUUCAUAUCUCCUUUCUGGGGGAUCCAGGUUUUUCUCUCGUUGGUGCCUUGGCAACGUUGAAGUUGUCCCAGUUUCCCAUGCGCUGGUGAACUCUUCUUUUUUUGGAGCGUGUCUCUCAUUUGCCCUCUAUGUAAGAACAAAUAAAUGCUCUAGUGUGUUGUA